AUGCUCUCAUUCACUACCCUAGAUGUCUUCACCGACAAGCCCUUCACGGGCAACCAGCUCGCCGUGGUUAAGGUCCCUGCAGGAACGCCUCUCUCGCUGAACCAGCGCGCGGCCAUCGCGCGCGAGUUCAACCUCUCCGAGACCGUCUUCAUCCACGAAGCAGAGGAUGGGCCCAAUGGCGAAGCCACCUUCGCGCUCAACAUCCACAUCGAGGACGGCGCAGAGAUCCCCUGGGCCGGCCACCCCACCGUCGGCUCCGGCUUCUUCGCCGCGCGCGCGCACCCGUCCCGCCCGAUCGUCCUCCGCCCGCCCGCAGGCGCGAUGCCCGUCGCGCGCGUCCUCGACGCCGCGGGCGCGCUCACGGGCGCGCGCGUGCGCGUCGCCGCCGACUUCCGCGACCACGGCCUCCUCCCCGUCCCCGGGCUGACCGCGAUGCAGACCGCCCUGCGCGCGGACGACUACGCGGGCGGGUCCGGCGCGCGGGGGUUCCCGGUCGCGUCCAUCGUGAAGGGGAUGACCUUCAUCCUCGUCGAACUCGCGUCGGUGGAGGCGCUGGGGAGGCUGCGUCCGUGCGCGACGCGCGUCCGUCCCGCGGAGGGUGUUUUGGGCAGCCACGAGGGGCUCGUGGGGUUGUACGCGUUCGUGCGCCUCGGGGAGGAAGGGGGCGUGGUGCAGCUGAGGACGCGGAUGCUGCUAGGUCCGAUGGAGGAUCCGGCGACGGGGUCGGCGGCGUCUGCGCUGUCGUCGUGGCUUUCAAUGCAAAAGGGCCCUGGAAGGUGGUCGAUGCGCAUCACGCAAGGAGUGGAGAUCAACCGACCGAGCGAAAUCUUUGUUGAUGUGGUCAUCGCGCAAAGCGGGAGUGUCGAGAGUGUCGAGUUGAGCGGCAGUGUCUGCGAGGUCAUGCGAGGGGAGCUUCCCAUUCCAGAGGAGUAG